CUGCGGGUUGGCGCAUGCGCGUGAGGUGCGCAGGCUCGCGCCUCUUUCCCUUUUUUAAGUUUUCUGUGUUACCCCCGGUUCCGCUGUCUUUUCUGUCUACAGUUUGCGAUCCCCGCGUCCAGGAUGGAGCAGCUGAACGAACUGGAGCUGCUGAUGGAGAAGAGUUUUUGGGAGGAGGCGGAGCUGCCGGCGGAGCUAUUUCAGAAGAAAGUGGUAGCUUCCUUUCCAAGAACAGUUCUGAGCCCAGGAAUGGAUAACCGGUACCUGGUGUUGGCAGUCAAUACUGUACAGAACAAAGAGGGAAACUGUGAAAAGCGCCUGGUCAUCACUGCUUCACAGUCACUAGAAAAUAAAGAACUAUGCAUCCUGAGGAAUGACUGGUGUUCUGUUCCAGUAGAGCCAGGAGAUAUCAUUCAUUUGGAGGGAGACUGCACAUCUGAUACUUGGAUAAUAGAUAAAGAUUUUGGAUAUUUGAUUCUGUAUCCAGACAUGCUGAUUUCUGGCACCAGCAUAGCCAGUAGUAUUCGAUGUAUGAGAAGAGCUGUCCUGAGUGAAACUUUUAGGAGCUCUGAUCCCGCCACACGCCAAAUGCUAAUUGGUACGGUUCUCCAUGAGGUGUUUCAAAAAGCAAUAAAUAAUAGCUUUGCCCCAGAAAAGCUACAAGAACUUGCUUUUCAAACAAUUCAAGAAAUAAGACAUCUGAAGGAAAUGUACCGCUUAAAUCUAAGUCAAGAUGAAAUAAAACAAGAAGUAGAGGACUAUCUUCCUUCGUUUUGUAAAUGGGCAGGAGAUUUCAUGCAUAAAAACACUUCGACUGACUUCCCUCAGAUGCAGCUCUCUCUGCCAAGUGAUAAUAGUAAGGAUAAUUCAACAUGUAACAUUGAAGUCGUGAAACCAAUGGAUAUUGAAGAAAGCAUUUGGUCCCCUAGGUUUGGAUUGAAAGGCAAAAUAGAUGUUACAGUUGGUGUGAAAAUACAUCGAGGGUAUAAAACAAAAUACAAGAUAAUGCCGCUGGAACUUAAAACUGGCAAAGAAUCAAAUUCUAUUGAACACCGUAGUCAGGUUGUUCUGUACACUCUACUAAGCCAAGAGAGAAGAGCUGAUCCAGAGGCUGGCUUGCUUCUCUACCUCAAGACUGGUCAGAUGUACACUGUGCCUGCCAACCAUCUAGAUAAAAGAGAAUUAUUAAAGCUAAGAAACCAGAUGGCAUUCUCAUUGUUUCACCGUAUUAGCAAAUCUGCUACUAGACAGAAGACACAGCUUGCUUCUUUGCCACAAAUAAUUGAGGAAGAGAAAACUUGUAAAUAUUGUUCACAAAUUGGCAAUUGUGCUCUUUAUAGCAGAGCAGUUGAACAACAGAUGGAUGGUAGUUCAGUCCCAAUUGUGAUGCUGCCCAAAAUAGAAGAAGAAACCCAGCAUCUGAAGCAAACACACUUAGAAUAUUUCAGCCUUUGGUGUCUAAUGUUAACCUUGGAGUCACAAUCGAAGGAUAAUAAAAAGAAUCACCAAAAUAUCUGGCUAAUGGCUGCUUCGGAAAUGGAGAAGAGUGGCAGUUGCAUUGGAAACCUGAUUAGAAUGGAACAUGUAAAGAUAGUUUGUGAUGGGCAAUAUUUACAUAAUUUCCAAUGUAAACAUGGUGCCAUACCUGUCACAAAUCUAAUGGCAGGUGACAGAGUUAUUUUAAGUGGAGAAGAAAGGUCACUGUUUGCUUUGUCUAGAGGAUAUGUGAAGGAGAUUAACAUGACAACAGUAACUUGUUUAUUAGACAGAAACUUGUCGGUCCUUCCAGAAUCAACUUUGUUCAGAUUAGACCAAGAAGAAAAAAAUUGUGAUAUAGAUACCCCAUUAGGAAAUCUUUCCAAAUUGAUGGAAAACACGUUUGUCAGCAAAAAACUUCGAGAUUUAAUUAUUGACUUUCGUGAACCUCAGUUUAUAUCCUACCUUAGUUCUGUUCUUCCACAUGAUGCAAAGGAUACAGUUGCCUGCAUUCUAAAGGGUUUGAAUAAGCCUCAGAGGCAAGCGAUGAAAAAGGUACUUCUUUCAAAAGACUACACACUCAUCGUGGGUAUGCCUGGGACAGGAAAAACAACUACUAUAUGUACUCUUGUAAGAAUUCUCUACGCCUGUGGUUUUAGCGUUUUGUUGACCAGCUAUACACACUCUGCUGUUGACAAUAUUCUUUUGAAGUUAGCCAAGUUUAAAAUAGGAUUUUUGCGUUUGGGUCAGAUUCAGAAGGUUCAUCCAGCUAUCCAGCAAUUUACAGAGCAAGAAAUUUGCAGAUCAAAGUCCAUUAAAUCCUUAGCUCUUCUAGAAGAACUCUACAAUAGUCAACUUAUAGUUGCAACAACAUGUAUGGGAAUAAACCAUCCAAUAUUUUCCCGUAAAAUUUUUGAUUUUUGUAUUGUGGAUGAAGCCUCUCAAAUUAGCCAACCAAUUUGUCUGGGCCCCCUUUUUUUUUCACGGAGAUUUGUGUUAGUGGGGGACCAUCAGCAGCUUCCUCCCCUGGUGCUAAACCGUGAAGCAAGAGCUCUUGGCAUGAGUGAAAGCUUAUUCAAGAGGCUGGAGCAGAAUAAGAGUGCUGUUGUACAGUUAACCGUGCAGUACAGAAUGAACAGUAAAAUUAUGUCCUUAAGUAAUAAGCUGACCUAUGAGGGCAAGCUGGAGUGUGGAUCAGACAAAGUGGCCAAUGCAGUGAUAAACCUACCUCACUUUAAAGAUGUGAAGCUGGAACUGGAAUUUUAUGCUGACUAUUCUGAUAAUCCUUGGUUGAUGGGAGUAUUUGAACCCAACAAUCCUGUUUGUUUCCUUAAUACAGACAAGGUUCCAGCGCCAGAACAAGUUGAAAAAGGUGGUGUGAGCAAUGUAACAGAAGCCAAACUCAUAGUUUUCCUAACCUCCAUUUUUGUUAAGGCUGGAUGCAGUCCGUCUGAUAUUGGUAUUAUUGCACCGUACAGGCAGCAAUUAAAGAUCAUCAAUGAUUUAUUGGCACGUUCUAUUGGGAUGGUCGAAGUUAAUACAGUAGACAAAUACCAAGGAAGGGACAAAAGUAUUGUCCUAGUAUCUUUUGUUAGAAGUAAUAAGGAUGGAACUGUUGGUGAACUCUUGAAAGAUUGGCGACGUCUUAAUGUUGCUAUAACCAGAGCCAAACAUAAACUGAUUCUUCUGGGGUGUGUGCCCUCAUUAAAUUGCUAUCCUCCUUUGGAGAAGCUGCUUAAUCAUUUAAACUCAGAAAAAUUAAUCAUUGAUCUUCCAUCAAGAGAACAUGAAAGUCUUUGCCACAUAUUGGGUGACUUUCAAAGAGAAUAAAACACUAUUUCCCUUGCCUUUUCAUACUAGGGCAGUAUCUCUUCUAGCUAGUGCCCAUACAGAAAAUUCUAUCACCAUACAAAAUUUAAUGCAGUAUUUAUGUUUUUAAGCACAGGUGUACCGAAAACUGUGAAAAGUCUGAAUUUAUGUGUUCUAUACAUGCAUUUUUGCCUAACCUAGAGAAAGAGUUUGAUAAAUUUUUACCAGCUUUGAAGAUGGAUUAACUUUUGACUUUGAGCUUUAAACUUUUAAGUCAGACAUUUCAGGACUAAUUUGAUUUUGUAGAUAUCAUUGUAAGAACUUUAUUUGAAAGACUGAAUAAAGGGAUUUGAUUUGUUUUCAUCAUUUAAGCACAGUCUUGUGAUGAUGAGAACAUAAGUGUGAUUCUUUUCUGUAUUUUGAGGUCCCUAAUCCAAAGCCCAUUUUGCUAGGAUUUUUUCUGCUAUCAGAUGUGUUUUCACUCUAAACCUAGUCUUUUAUGACAUGAAUUGAUUACUUCCUGUUAAUUUUCUAUCCUCCCUUACUAUCCCCCUUUUUUGUUUUCAGUAUUCAGUAUUUCAGUAUUCUAGAGUAGAUUUUGAUGUAAAAGAAAAUAAUUCUUACAUCAUCUUUUGCAACAAAUUUUGUUUUCUGAAUUGAUAAUAAAUUUAGAAAGUUGAUUCCUAUUUUCACAUAUGUUCAUAUGCCCCUAUGUUUGGGGGUAUCACUCAGUUUUCCUUUUUUGUGUAAAGAUGUUUUGUAAAACAAAAUUGUCUCAAAGUGAUUAUAUUAUAUAUAUAAAAAGUAACAGAUUUUAACAAAGGUUAAAAGAUUCUUGGGGUAACAGAUUCUUCUGGGGCUUGGAAAUCUUCCAUUUCUCUUGAGGGUUUUUUUAAUGAGUGUUAAAUAUGUUAAAAUUUUUAUUUCUACAUGUGUUUUUUUAAAUUAUUACUUGAAGUUUUUUAUUUAAUAAAUUUUUUCUACUAAUGGA